UUUGUUGUCAGUUACUGAUCAUACCUACAGUUCGUAUACUCAUAGACAGACACAUGACCUAUACGACGUCAGGUGUCAAGAUGGCCAAGAAUGCCCAGAGUCACGAUCGGAGAUUUCAUCUAUCUCGAGUACUUCAUACUACUGCUGAUGUACCCCGCAGCCAAGUAACCCCAGACCACGCGACACCCCGGCUGCGAUUCUAUCAACUUCAUCGGAAUAUCCAGGUGGUCGACACGAAUAUGAGUCUCUAAGAAGGCUACAGUCGAUAUAUCAACUUCUAUCACCAGUAUCCAGGCUGUUCCUAUCUUCCCGAUGAUAGGUAAUAGAAUCCACCCAUCGGAAAGAAUCCAGAAGCUGACCCUGCUAGGUCCACCAAAUCGGGGAAUGUAGGGGACACAAAAAAAACAUCGUCAAUCCAGG